AUGCGCCUCCCGACCCCUUUGGAUGGCGUCAGACGCCCCGCGCGCGCCCCUCCCUUGCGCGUCGCCGAGGCGCCCGGCCGCCAUCUAGCCCUGCUGGAGCUCAACUUCCUGCCUACCACGGGCACGAAACUGACCAAGCAGCAGCUGAUCUUAGCCCGGGAUAUUCUUGAAAUUGGAGCCCAGUGGAGCAUCCUGAAGAAAGACAUCCCGUCCUUCGAGAGAUACAUGGCGCAGCUGAAAUGCUACUACUUCGACUACAAGGACGAGCUGCCGGAGUCCGCCUACAAGCAUCAGCUUCUAGGCCUGAACCUGCUCUUCCUGCUGUCCCAGAACCGCGUGGCCGAGUUCCACACCGAGCUGGAGAGGCUCCCCGCGAAGGACAUCCAGACCAACGUGUACAUCAAGCACCCCGUCUCCCUGGAGCAGUACCUGAUGGAAGGCAGCUACAACAAAGUGUUCCUGGCCAAGGGCAACAUCCCUGCGGAGAGUUACACCUUCUUCAUCGACAUCCUGCUGGACACCAUUCGGGAUGAAAUUGCUGGCUGCAUUGAGAAGGCGUAUGAGAAGAUCCUCUUCAAUGAAGCCAUGAGGGUUCUGUUCUUCAACACGCCCAAGAAAAUGACGGAAUACGCCAAGAAGCGUGGCUGGGCUCUGGGCCCACACAACUACUACAGCUUCAGCAGCCAGCAGCAGAAACCCGAAGACGCCACCAUCCCCUCGACAGAGUUAGCCAAACAAGUCAUUGAGUACGCCCGGCACUUGGAAAUGAUCGUCUAGCGAAGCCCCCAGGACUCUCCACACCUCCCUCCCCUGGUUGUUUUAGCGUCUUACUGUGUUCGUCAACCAGUCCGUUUUUUAACGCCACGUCAAGGGUUUCUCCAGGCCCGUGCAGGAGCGGCGGGGCUGCCUGUCCCUUAAUGCGGGACCCCGCUGCUCUGGGCUUCUCUCUGGCAGCAGCGUGGGCAGGGGGCAAGCGCCCUGUAAAAACCCUUCUCCAUGGGAGGAGCCGCUCCUUUGAUCUGGCUGCUGGGGUACGGCUGAGGCCCUCGGCACAGGCACCUCCGAUGCCAGCCAGCGAGUGGGCAGGCAGCCUCGCCGAGCCACCAUUAAAGUGUCUGGCUUCACG